AGAGUCAGACACUUUGCAAAUAAGCAGGGUUUGCUCCGCCGCAAAGGUGGAAGCUAAAACGGCUUUCCGCCAGCAUGGAAUCGGACAUCAAAAGCGGCUUCGUCAGCACAGGCGAUGUUGUCGGCGGAGACGCUGAAACUGCAGCCGAAUCUGCAGCCAUCCAAGCUUCUGUUGCAGAUCAUUCCGCUAGCAAACGGGACUCCAGCAGAGCAGGUGAACAAGGCCAGCCUGCAGCUGUGGGAGCUACGGGACGGGGACCAGUUCCAGAAACAGAGCAGGCGAUUUCCCCGCCCACCGCCCCUGGUCUUAUACCAGUGCUGGCGCAGACGACGGACUACAACAGCAGCGGGAGGAGUGCUAGAGCUGGAGGUGUAAAAAUUAUGACGCAAGAACCUGGUCGCCGCGGCAUAGAGCUGGACGAAGCGGACGUAGUAAUCGGGCAACCUGUGGUGCCGGUCACGGGUGCCGGCAUUAUAGCACCAUCAUCAUCUUCUUCAUCUGCAGGUGUACUACCAGUGGGAGAAGAUGACGAUGAAAUACAUCAACCACUCCCAGGAUCCAGUAUCGGCGCAGCACAGCCUCCGACCACCGUGAUUCCGACACUGGUGGUCGGAACUUCCGCUUCUUCUUCCUCCUCCUCAGCAAGACAGAGUAAACACAAACCGGAUCACACCAGCUCCAAAUCUGUCAUGCAGAACAGGAGCGGAGCUCGAGAAGGAACUGGCCAAAAUUUGUUGUUCGCCACAAGUACUACUGCGCCUUCCCUCGAUACGACGAAUUUGGACCGGUUGCGAACGAAAUUUGGAAUGCUGGAUGCGAGUACUGGUGGGGCUGUUGGGAGCAGAACAAAUGCAGGAUCAUAUCAGAACGGCAAAAACUACCCUGUCGGUGGUGGGUCAACCUCGCCUAAUACCGCGGCCGAGCUUCUCCGUUUACACCGAGGAAGCCGGAAUAACAGAAAUAACCCCCACACAUCAACAGCAAGCUCCUCGACCAGGAACAUCAACAGCAUGAAUCAUACCAAUCAUGCAAGGGAAAUUGCGAUGCUCCGAAACGCGCUGCAAGAGAGUGAACAGGAACGACAGACGAUGAGACGGCAGUACGCGGUGCUGGGGGAGAAGAUUGAUGCCCUGUCAGAGCGGUACGAGAACGACGUGGGAAAUUACAAGGCGAAGGUAUAGUUUUUGCAGCUUUAUUCGGUUUAAUAUCGCGGUGCCGUGGUUUAGCCUUUUCUUUCGUGAUGUGAUUUUAUGCAUGACAAAGUCCUUUUGUGAUAGGUUUUUCUGCAUUGACGAAACUGAAUCAGAAUCCUUUAUCAGUGUCACAAGCUGCGCACCAAGUACCGUCAAGUUUUGGAGCAGAAGGAGUUAGGGAAGGAAGAAGAGUACGCAUUUUUGCAAAAGUAUCGUACUCGUACUAUACUGCAAUCAUGCAUUGCAAAUCUUGUUUCGUAAGGGUAAAUCUGCAUAAUAAAUUUCAUUUGUAGUGCUAAGGUCUGUCAUGCGAUUUCAUCUAGUAGUUCUAGUGCGAUACUUUUGCAAUGCAUAAAGAGGAAAAACGGAAACAGGAGCAGAAAGACGAAAUUAACGACUUGAAGAAACAGAUUUUUAUCCUGUGCAAAAGUAUAAGUAUCGUACUUGUAGUAAUUGCAGUCAUGCUUGCAUUACAAAUAUCGUCCCCAAGGCAAAUCAGCAUGACAAAUUGCAUUUGUCAUGCUGAGGAAAUUUGUCAUGCCAUCUAUACUAGUACGAUACUUUUGCAGUUCAUAAUUUUUCAGGACCAGCAAAACCAGGAGGUAAAACUUUUGGAGCAGGCGAGGUCCAACGAAGCGGACUUACAGCAACAGAUGCAGUUUCUCUCCUUCAAAAACGCGGAGGAGCGGAACAAACUCGUGAAAAAAGUCAACGAGAAAGAAGAGGAAGCGGACUUGUUUCGGCAGAAACUACAGCACUCCGACCAGAAGAAACAGGAGCUGUUUGAAGAAAAUAAGCGCUUAGAAAGCGAGAACGACUCCGUUUUCAAGCGGCUGAAAGAAUCCUACUUACUGCUGGAAAAACUCCGGACCAUCAUCAACGACGAGCGGAAGGAGCACACGCGAAAAGUCGAGCAGAUCGAGAACAAGCACCGCUACUAUGCAUUGCAAAUAUGUCUGGGUCUGGAACCCUGUGAUGCUGAAUGGUCAUGAUUGAGUGCGCUUUUAAGUGCAGCGACGCAUGACAAAUCUCUCGAACGCUUUCUAAUGCGUAGUGCGCAUUACAAACUGCGAUGUUUCAUCACGAUAGAGUGGCACUUUUGCUGCUUAUGCGCAACACAGAUUUUUCACGAAUGCAAGACACGCAAUACAGGUUCAACCUUUCCAAACCCAGACAUAUUUGCAUUUGAUAGCUACGAAGCAGACACGAUGCUGGAUGCGCAGAAGCUGAAUUACGAGAAGGUUUUGACGCAUUCGAUAUGCACUGCAAAAGUAACGUACUAGUAGUAAUUGCAAUACAAAUUUUCUCCGCAUGAGAAAUAAAAUCUGUAAUGCGGCUUUACCUUAAGAGAGAGAUUUGUAGUGCAUGACUGCAAUCACUAUGGGUACGAUACUUUUGCAAUUCACAUUCGAAAUUGAUCAACGAGAAGUCAAAACGGGAAUCGGGGAAUAUAGCGGACGACAUCCGGUUGGAAAACCACGAGUUGUAUGCACUGCAAAAAUAUCUAUCGUACUAGUAGUAAUUGCAAUACAAAUUACAAAUUAGCUCAGCAUGACAAAUGGAAUUUGUCAUGCUGUUUCGCCUUGGGAUGGAGAUUUGUAAUGCAUGACUGCGAUAAUUACUACGAGUGCGAUACGUUUGCACAGGAUGAGUUGCGGCAGCAGUUGAUGAAGAAAGAAGAGGACCAUUACAACUUGCAACACAGCCUAGACCGUGCGACUUUUUUGCUCGAUCAGCACAAGCAGCACGUGGUGAAAUUGGAGGAAAGAGUUGAUUUUCAAACCGGCGUCUUCAGCAGGAAAAAGCGGGAAGCGAUGCUGGCUUUUACCACAGAGCAGUGCCAAUUGUUGAAACAGGAACUGAACCAGAUGAAAGUGGUAUCCUGUGUAAAAACAUCCCCACCCCAGAGUCACCAUGGGGAAUCUGCUACACAAAUCAACCAGCUGUGGCUGUUUCGCAUGACAAGUUUGGCCUUCUACUGUAAUCCUGUUUAGCUAGUGAAGCAGCAUCACAGAUCUACCCUAUCAUGCUGAUUCGUGCAUCACAAAUUCCAAAACACCACUAGAAAAUGCUUCUCAUGGGGCUCCGCAUGAAAAACAUUUGAAGCAUGCAUAUUGGCAUGACACCUCUGGGGUGGUGACGUUUUUCCUGAGGAUGAGUGGAUGUGAAAAACGCCGAGAAGAUUUUCACGGAGAAAAUGGAAAAAGGGAUCCGGAAAAUGCUGCAGCUCGAAACUCUCAUCGAGGACAAAGCGAGGAAGGCGAAGGAGUACGACUCGCUGUUGAAGCUCCUAUGCCGUGCAAAUAUAUCUGGGUCUGGACGAAGGAUGUUGCAACUUGUCAUGCUCAGUCUGUAUCAUGCCAAAAUCUGUGUUGCAUGAGUACCAAACGAUGUCCACUUCUGACCAGGUUGGCAUGGAGUGUCUCAUGCAGGAUAGGCAUGGUAGAAAUCUCACAGCAUCUGUCAUGCUAGGUGCUGCAUUCCAGAGGUCAAGGGUGGUCAUGGAAAACCUGCAUGGCAAAUCUUUCAUUCUUCAAGACAUCCAGGGAUAUUUGCAAUGCAUAACCUCAUCGGACCAACAACGUGAUACUGCUAAAAACGGGCGAAGAGUUGCUGAAAACGAGAUUCCAUGUCCAAGUUUCAACCAACUUCGUCCGGCAAAUUUUGACUCAUUUGUUCGAUGGGUGUAUCAAACCGUGGUUGAGAAAAGAGUUGGAGAAUUUGUACGAAUAUCAAAUGCAAAAAUGUCUGGGUCUGGAAAAGUGCAAGAUUUGUCAUGCAUAUUUCUCAUGACCCAUGGAAAUGGAUGAUGUCUGUAAUGCAUGACCUAGCAUCGCAGACUCUUAGAGGGCUUCCUGAUGCACCUUCCGCAUGAGAAAUGCCCUGUCCGUGUAGCACAAAUUGUGCCCCUUUUAUUGCUGGUCAUGCAAUACAAAUUUUUUUAGAGUACAAAAACAGCAUGACAAGUUCCAACCUUCCAGACCCAGACAUAUUUGCAUUUGAUAACGAAAUUUCGAUUAAGGAAAACAUCACGAUUUUGGCGCACGUAUCCUACGUAAAGACGACCCCACCCCAGAGUCAAGAUGGGGAAUCGGCUAGACAAGUCCACAAGUUUUGGCUGUUUUGCAUGACAAAAUUGAACUCGUAGCGUCGUACUGUUUGAGGUAGUUCAGCAGCAUCACAGAUCUAGUGCAUCAUGCUGAUUGGAGCAUGACAAAUUCCAAAACGUGGCGAGAUGCUGCCUGUCAUGGGGCUGCUCCGCAUGAGAAGCAUUUUCAGCAUGCAGAUUUGCAUUACAACUGUGGGGCGGGGGCGUUUUUAAAUACGACACCACGCGAACAUCGAUGUGGUGCGGAACUGCGUCGUGAAAAACCGCAUGGUUACGGAAACACGGGUGGAUGAGUCGGGCGAGAUUGUGAACGCGAAGCCGCUAUCCUGUGCAAAAGUAUCGUACUCGUAUUGCGAUCAUGCAUCACAAAUCUGUCUCUGAAGGCAAAUCAGCAUUACAAAUUUUAUCUCUCAGGCUGAGGAAAUUUGUAAUGCAUUUAUACGAGUACGAGGAUACUUCUGCAAUUCAUAGCCGCUGCUAAACUGGGAAUCGUGUACCGCACCUAGUGACGCGUUUUGCCUACCGUAUUUACUGUCUGGGGACGACAACUUCGUGGAGCAAACGAGUGAAAUGAUUCCUCCGGACAUGUUGAAGGAGAUAGCGGAAAUGUCUGGUUCCGGUGGGGAUGAGUCACCGACGAGCGGGUCGCCAAAAACAGGAAAAGAAGGAGCGAAGUCUUCCUCUCGACCCGGUUCGCCAAAAUCAACUUCCUCAUCCCCGAUGAAGAGUAGACCAGGAACGACUGCCACCAGAGGGAAAACAAGCAAGCAGAACAAAGACGCAGACAAUAAAAACCAGCCGAAACUUGACACCGCCACGAAAAAAACGCUGCUCUACGAGACCGCGAAAGUGAAGCUCGAGAACUUGUUUGAACAGAUCGACGACAUGCGGAACAGGCUGUGUGAUAUCAUUUGUAAAAACGUCCCCACCCCACAGUCAAGUUGGGAAUCUAGCAACACAAGUCUCCAAGUUUUGGGAGCUGUGCAUGACAAGUUUCCCUCUGCAGGGUAGUGCUGAUUGGCAAGAGAAGCCGCAUGAGAAAGCCACUUUCGCAUCCUGUUUACAGCAUUACAGAUUCCAAAACACGAUUGGAAAUGCCUCUCAUGAUGGAGCUGCGCAUUACGAAUGUUCCUGUCAUUGCGCAUUUGCACGACAACUGAACUCUGGUGUGGGGACGUUUUUACUCAGGAUAUGCGAAGAACUUUCCGAGGUGGAACAGGUCGAGGGCUACUACGACAUCGUCUCCCAAUGGCAGGCUUUGAUGACAGAUUCCUCGAUGAAGGAGCAGAUGGGGAAAGCCGCAGCCAUGCUGUCUAUCGCGCACGAGAAGGAGCAGCAAAGGACGAGAGGGAAGGAGGUCUUGGAGUAUGAAAAACAAAAACAGAGGGAGAAGAGCCGGAAAAAGCAAGACAGAAAUUACCUAUCGAACGUCGAGAAGGAAUUUACCAAGGACUAUGAGCUGCAAAAGUAUCCGAUACUUGUAUAAAUGCAUUACAAAUUUCCUCAGCAUGAGAAAUAAAAUUUGUGAUGCUGAUUGGGGUGAAGAAAAAGAUUUGUAAUGCAUGAUUGUAAUACGAGUGCGAUGCUUAAAGCAUCGCACUCGUAUUACAAUCAUGCAAAAGCAUCAUGCUUUUGCACAGGAUAAGGACCCAGUCCAGACCAUCUCCGAGCACGGGUCCCACACAAGCUAUGGCGUUCUCAAAUGUUACAUUCUCAACUAGUAGUCGUGCGUGAACUUGUAAUGCAAGAAUAGCAAAACUGAAUCUGAAAGGGAAAAUAAAGAUGAUUGCGCCUUUUGCAUUACAGGUUUGAUGGCACGGAUAGUCAGCCUGUUUGGCGCGGCUUCGAAAAUUUGCCAUGCGAAGCAGCUUGAUCGUGUCAAUUCUGAUUGUGCUUUUGCAUGACAAAUCAUGUAACAGCUGAGAGUGUAACGCUUGAGAAUCCCAUACAAGCUCUCCCGCGUUUCUGGAACUCGCGAAGCUGUUGCUGCAGAAGUUGCAGAAGAGAGCCUUGUAUGCGACAAAGAAGAUCCGGUCGGAAGCGGUGUUUGAUGAAUCGAAAACGCCGGGCGUGCCACCGAUGCGGGGUUUGCUGUUGCUGCAACAGCAGGUCGUGACGAACAGUAAAAUGCGGAAUUUACAUCAGAUAUCACAAGGAAAAAUCCCCCCUCCCCAUAUCAAACGGAAGUUUCUGAUGCUGGAUUUGCGUAUACAAAUCAGGUUUGUCUUGCAGUAGAGGACUGCAGGCUCCUGCCAAGCCUGAGUAGAAAGGUUUUGGCCUAGGCGCUUAGCAUGAGAAGCGUCUACGCUGUACCUGUAGGCCCUACAGCAUCACAAACUGCCUGCAUAAUGCGGCAGGGCCUGUGGAGUUGUCUUCUUGCAAGACAGACGUGAUUUGUGGUCUCAAAUCAGCAAGACAAAUUUGCGGAAACAUACCUUUUCGAUAUGGGGAGGGGGGAGUUUUCCUCUCAAUAUCAGAUGUCGACGAUGUAUCAGAGGAAGGAGCAUACUAUCCUGUGUAAAAGUAUCGUACUCGUACUAAUUGCAGUCAUGCAAGACAAAUUUUUUUCUUAAGCUAAAUCAGCAUGAGAAAUUCCAGUUGUCAUGCUGAGCUAAAUUUGUAUUGCAAUACUACGAGUACGAUAGUUUUGCAAUGCAUACAUACUGGGAUAGCGCCGUCGCGGUCUCCACGAGACGAGAUGAAAAACGAACAACUGUUAGACUCUAACAUUGAAACCACAUUGAACAGCACGGAGAAUAACAACAUGGACGGGGUUAUCAAAUGCAAAUAUGUCUGGGUCUGCGUCUGGAAGAAUUCAUGUUUGUCAUGCUUAUCUGGCAUGACUCUUAAAUCUGUCAUGCACGUUGCCCAAGAGCUCCGCUUUUCUGUGAUGCAGAAGCGCAGUUUGUCAUGCAGAAUAGGCAACACCUAGAAGCUCAGAAACUUGUCAUGCUGAGCCAGCAUUUGUAGCCUCAUUAUGAGACGCCACCCAGCAUUACAAAUUUCCAGACCCAGACAUUUUUGCAUUUCAUAGGGGUGAGGAGCCAGACCAACCAGAACUCCGGGAACCCGCUGCUGUUUUACCAGGAAUCCAAACGCAGCAUUUUCUCCGGGUUUGAUGAUGAGCCACUGGAGGGGAUAGAUGUCUCGUUCUCCGGGAUGCAGUCCGCGGGGACCGCGGCUUUACAACUAGUAGACUCCUUCAUCGACGGAAAGCAGAUGGGGUUAACGAAGGAAAUGAAAGGGGAGGAACUACCGAUUUUAGCGGAAGAGAUUGCCGAUGCGGAGGAGCUGUGCUUCUUUUUCGAGAACGAAAAUUUGCCGAGAGAUUCUUCACCUUCGUCAAGAUCUCCCUCCAAAUCAACUACCCGAGCAGGGCCUGGGGGUGCGCACCUAUCCUCGUCAAAACAAACCACGACGGUUGUUAUCCAAAAGCAAACUCUGGGCCUGUUGAUGAAGCAGGCGGUCGAGGUCACGACGGCGUUCCGGACGGAUUUGCUUACCCUAGAGUUCGAUGAAGUAAUUCUGUCGAAGAAGAACGAGAAAAUCGAGAAGCUAGACAGUCAAAUCAAGGAAUUCUGGAUCAAGAAAGUGAAUCAACUCGUGAAGAAAAAUAUCCCGUGCAAAAAUAUCGUACUCGUAUUAAUCUUCGCAGAUGUGCAUGACAAAUCUUUUUCUUGAGGCAAAUCCGCAUUACAAAUUUCAUUUGUAAUGCUAAGUCAAUUUGUCAUGCGGUUUAUACUAGUACGAUGCUUUUGCAAUGCAUAAAAAACCAGUUCUUGGAAAAGCAACUCGACGUAAACUCGGCGGAGAAGGUGGCGGACGAAAUGGAGAGAUUAAGGAAGUAUCAACUGCAAAUAUGUCUGGGUCUGGAAGAUUGCAUGUUUGUCAUGCUUGUCUGGCAUGACUCUAAAAUCUGUCAUGCAUGUUACCCAAGGGCCCCACUUUGCUGUCAUGCAGAAACGCAGUCUGUCAUGCAGAAAAGGCAAAACCUAGAAGCUCAGAAGCUUGUCAUGCUGAGCCAGCACUUGUGGCCUCUUUAUGAUACGUCAACCAGCAUCACAAGUUUCCAGACCCAGACAUUAUUACAAUCCAUAGGAAGCAAAUUAUCACCUACGAGAAGAAGCUAACCUUAGCGGAGGAAGAAAUCGUCGAGUGGCAAAACCUAUGCAUUGCAAAAGCAAAAGUAUCGUACUCGUAGUACAUCAAGAUCAACUCGCAGGCAUGCAUUUUUGCAAAUCCUUAUUCUUAAGCGCAUUACAAAUUGCGCCUUUCAGGCUGAGGAUGAAAUUUGUCAUGCGAUCAUUCAUGCUAGUGCGAUAUGGAUUUGCAAUCUGCAUAAAACCGGGUGGACAAACGGGAAGGGUUACUAACAAAGGUGAUGGCGGAGAACAAGCAGCAAGCGUUUUACGGGGGUUCUGGCGGCGGGGGAGCGGGUGCGGGGAGCAGGGUCGUGGUGCAGAAGCAGCUGACGGUGGCCGCGAGCGGGUCAAGUAGCGACAUGCUGCCAUCGUCUCAACAUCUUCACCUCCCGACCGGCACCAGUAAACAAGGCACAAGUUAUGAUUUCGCACCAGCCGCAGUUUCGCACGAUAAAAACCCGUUCAACACCAGAGCAGCCGCAGAGAACGACGGAAGAGAAAGAUCCGAGCGCGACAAGAGUGAUCUGGUGGCGCCACAACAUAUUUUGCCAGUUGCUGGACCUGGAGCGGGAGUUGUACGAGACCACACGGUCGUACGAGCUGCAGGUGGUCAACAGCAACAGGCACAGCCAGUGUUAAAGACCGCCUUUAUUUCGUCCUCCAAACCAACGAGUUCGAAGAACACAAACGGCGGUUUGUUUGACGAAAACGGGGAGUUUGUAAGGCCGGAGCAGGGUGACGGUGAUGAGAUAAAUGGGGGUAAACGUAAAGACUACAGUCGGUCCGUCGAUGCGCAGGAGGAAGUCGGAGAACGAACGGAAGACGAGGGAAAAACAAAAAACCAAGACUUGAGGGAACAGACGAACCAAUUGCUGUAUUACCCCGAAGCCGUAGAGGGUGAAGUUGUUCCUGUCAGCCGAAGUAGCAGGCCGUCUGACAUGAUGCAACAUCUUCAUUUUCCGCCGGCGGAGACGAGACCUACGCAGAGAGGGCCGGUAUUAAACAGGGUACUAGGGACCACGACGGCUUCAGAGGAUUUCGCCAGGGUGGGAACAACCGGCCGGAUUGCUAUGCAGCGUCACGAAAGAAUGUGAAGCUGUUGGUACUACAUCACCUUUAUUUGUGGAGUUUGUGAUGCGCGUAUAAUCCCAGUUGGCAACGUCUUCUGCAUGCCGGGCACAGGAAUAAAAACCCGAUCUUGUUGUGCUACAGAUGUGCUUCGUGCACUGUUAUGUGGCACCACCAUCUUCGCAUACUAGUUUUUGAAUGCACAGCUAAUGUCGAGGAGCUGCUCAAGGAAGUGGGGGAGAUUAUUGAAAGCCGUCACCGGUAGGGGUGCUUGGUGAAAUAGAUUAUGACUUGAAUUUGAUGUGAUGUAGUUGGACUUGGAGUCAUUGACAUUGUUUCUUGUAAGAGAAUAAUUUUGGAAAUAAAGUCUACUUGACGUCGCCGACGCCGAGGAAGGUGGCUCUAUGAAAAAAUAAACAAAGGCUGAUUAGAAUUAUCGCACAUUGAAACAAGACUGAAAACUAUUGCAUUUGCAAGACCUAGGUCGUAUUUGACGAGUACUUACUUCAGGUUCGACGGAUGCUUGCUAUUGAAAGAGACAGAUCAUCAACAACAACUGCGUAUGACAAGGAGGACAUCAUGUGUACGGUUUUUUUUUGAUAAAAAAAGUCGAAUGUUGAUCCAGAUCGACCGUCAACAUUGAAUAAGAAUAGACAGAGCUGCCGCGCAGUAUUUUUCCGCCACAAAAAUCCCGGCACGGGCAUCGUAUUGUUGUGGCUGAUUUAUUUUCAGCUGGCGGGGUUUACACUUCUGUAUCAGAGGAAGGCAACUUUCAGGUUGUAUGCGAGUCAGAAAUGAGGAACGAGGAGGUUUUUUCUUCAUACGAGAGGGGACCACAGACACUACCUUAUUAUUGCUUUGCUUCACAGGAGCGACGUAGCGUCGAGUUAGUUGUUGGACAGAUGAAGAGGUCAUUUUGAGUUUCAGUGCAGCAGGAUCCUCGUCGUGCUGAGAGCGGCCUCAUG